UGGUUUUUAAAGGCGACAGAUGUUGCCAUUCUGCACCUCUCCCUCACUGUGUGGGGCAUUUUGAGCUUGCAUCUUUUUAGAAGAGGGUUCAUCUUUUACUCUUUUUUAUUUAUUUUCCCCAAUUCAUCUUUCAUCUUGGAACAGUUUUCAAAUUCUCUGUCACCAUGGAUAUGGGAAGUCUCACAACCGUGGUGGCAAACUCCGCGUACAUCUCUGCACGUGGAAGUUUUGAUGGUUCGGCGAACCCUGCAGCCAGCCGUGACAAGAAGUACCAUGCCAAGCUGAAGCUGCCGCACAUCACAGUGUGCGAAGACCUCGCGGAGACACUGGACAUCCAGUUCGAAAGCAUUUGCGUGGAGCAACCCAUCGGCAAGCGUCUCUUUCAAGAGUUCCUGCUGGCAGCCAACGAGUACAAAGGGCCCUGCAAACUAUGGCAGGACAUUGAAGAGUACAACACCGUGGAAGACAAGGACCGGGUGAGGAAAGCAUCCAAGAUUGUAGAGCGCUACAUGGAACCUGGCGCGAAAUACUACUGCCCCUUUUUACCCGAGAAUGAAAUCACCAAGGUGAAGGAGAGGCACCAGGAGGCGGCGGACGACGUCUUCGCCGAGAGCCAAAAGACUGUCAUGAACUUCCUGAAGGAUGUGCCGUACACCUUCUACCUGGAGACCAUGUACUUCAAGCGCUUCCUUCAAUGGAAAUGGCUGGAGAUGCAGCCCAUGAGCGAGGAGUGGUUCCUGGACUUCCGCGUGCUGGGCAAGGGAGGGUUCGGCGAGGUGUCGGCCUGCCAAAUGAAGGGCACGGGCAAGAUGUACGCCUGCAAGAAGCUGAACAAGAAGAGGCUGAAGAAGAGGAAAGGAUUUGAGGGUGCAAUGGUAGAGAAGCGGAUUCUGGCACGUGUUCACAGUCGAUUCAUCGUGUCUCUGGCCUAUGCUUUCCAGACCAAGACAGAAUUGUGUUUAGUCAUGACUAUAAUGAAUGGAGGAGACUUAAGGUAUCACAUAUACAACGUGGACGAAAACAACCCCGGCUUCGACGAGCCUCGCGCCGCCUACUACUCUGCUCAGAUCAUCCAGGGCCUUGAGCAUCUGCACCAGAAGAAGAUCAUCUACAGGGACCUCAAGCCAGAAAAUGUCCUACUAGACAAUGAAGGUCACGUGCGUAUUUCCGACCUUGGAUUGGCAGUGGAGCUGAAAGACGGAGAGGAAAAAACCAAAGGAUAUGCUGGGACUCCUGGGUUCAUGGCCCCAGAGCUUCUGAAGAAGGAGGAGUAUGAUUGGUCAGUGGACUACUUCACCUUGGGGGUCACACUGUAUGAGUUCAUUGCUGCCAAAGGUCCCUUCAGAUCCAGAGGUGAAAAGGUGGACAAUAAAGAGGUAAAGCAAAGGAUUCUGAAUGAUCCAGUCAGUUACUCAGAGAAGUUCAGCGACAACGCCAAGUCCAUAUGUGAGGGACUGCUGGCCAAAGCCGUAAACGAUAGGCUGGGCUUCAAAAACGGAACAUGCGACGAACUUCGGGCUCAGCCCUUCUUCGCUGAAAUCAACUGGAGAAAGCUGGAUGCUGGAAUCCUUCCACCUCCGUUCGUGCCGGACUCCAAGACUGUCUAUGCUAAGGACCUGGAUGACGUGGGUGCCUUCUCCACGGUCAAGGGCGUGAACCUCGACGACCCGGACAAGGAUUUCUUUGACGAGUUCGCCUCGGGAAACAUUUCCAUCCCGUGGCAGGAGGAGAUGAUCGAAACGGGCCUCUACGACGAGCUGACUGUAUGGGGACCUGAGGGGGGUGUACCUAACGACCUUCGGCGGGAGUCCAUCCACGAGAAGCCCCCCCAGUCCUCCACGUGUUGUGUGUCCUAA